AAGUGCUCGGGGGGCUGUCCUCUCCGCUGUCGUCUGAGAAUGGCCGCCGCUGCAGCAGGGAUAAACAAGCAGGGCGCUGUGGCGACGAUGGAGUCCUGUCUCCGGCACGGGAGGGGAGCGAAUGGAGGCGCCGUCAAGGUGUUGGAGUGUGGCGUGUGUGAGGACGUCUUCUCCCUCCAGGGAGACAAGGUCCCACGCCUGCUGCUCUGCGGUCACACGGUGUGCCAUGACUGUCUCACCCGGCUGCCCCUGCAUGGCAGAGCGGUCCGCUGCCCCUUCGACAGACAGGCCACAGAGCUGGGGGACUCUGGAGUUUGGGGUCUAAAGAAGAACUUUGCUCUGCUGGAACUCUUGGAGCGCCUCCAGAACGGAGCAAGCAACCAGUCCGGAAUGGCCGAGGACGCUCUGAAAGGCGUGGGAGAAUGUAUAAUCCGUUGCGACGAGGACGAGAGCCACACGGCGUCCAUGUACUGCACGGUAUGCGCCACGCACCUGUGCGCCGAGUGCUCCCAGCUCACCCACUCCACCCGCACGCUGGCCAAACACCGCCGGGUGCCGCUGGCCGACAAGCCCCACGAGAAGAUGCUGUGUCCGCAGCACCAAGUCCACGCCAUCGAGUUCGUCUGCCUGGAGGAGGCCUGCCAGUCGGGGCCUCUCAUGUGCUGCGUUUGCAAGGAAUACGGCAAGCACCAAGGACACAAGCACGCGCUUCUGGAAACGGAAGCCAACCAGAUCCGUGCGUCCAUCCUGGACAUGGCCCACUGCAUCCGAACGUUCACAGACGAGGUGUCCGAGUAUUCCAGGAAGCUGGUGGGCAUCGUGCAGCAGAUCGAGGGCGGGGAGCAGAUAGUAGAGGACGGCGUCGGCAUGGCGCACACGGAACACGUCCCUGGAACGGCGGAGAGCGCGCGCUCCUGCGUCCGCGCGUACUUCGCCGACCUCCACGAGACGCUGUGUCGGCAGGAGGAGAUGGCGCUGAGCGUGGUGGACGCUCACGUCAGGGAGAGGCUCAUCUGGCUGAGGCAGCAGCAGGAGGACAUGACCAUCCUGCUGUCUCAGGUCUCCACCGCCUGCCUGCACUGCGAGAAAACCCUCCAGCAGGACGACUGCCGAGUGGUGCUGGCGAAGCAGGAGAUCAACUGUCUGCUGGAGACUCUUCAGAAGCAGCAGCACCAGUUCACGGAGCUGGCCGAUCACGUCCAGCUGGACGCCGGCAUCCCCGUCACCUUCACUAAGGACAACAGAGUCCACAUCGGCCCAAAGAUGGAGAUCCGAGUCGUGACUCUGGGGCUCGACGGAGCGGGAAAGACCACCAUCCUUUUUAAGCUGAAGCAGGAUGAGUUCAUGCAGCCCAUCCCGACCAUCGGUUUCAAUGUGGAGACGGUAGAAUACAAAAACUUGAAAUUCACGAUCUGGGACGUGGGAGGAAAGCAUAAACUGAGACCUCUCUGGAAACACUAUUAUCUGAACACUCAAGCAGUGGUGUACGUGAUCGACAGCUGCCACCGAGACCGACUGAUGGAGGCGCACAGCGAGCUGGCCAAGCUGCUGACGGAGAAGGAGCUGCGGGACGCCUUGUUGCUCAUCUUCGCAAACAAGCAGGACGUUCCGGGCGCCGUGUCGGUGGAGGAGAUGACGGAGCUGCUGAGCCUGCACAAGCUGUGCUGCGGGAGGAGCUGGCACAUCCAGGGCUGCGACGCCCGCAGCGGGAUGGGUCUCCACGAGGGGCUGGACUGGCUCUCCAGGCAGCUGGUGGCCGCCGGAGUCCUGGAUGUAGCUUAAACAUCAUCAUCAUCAUUAAUCUGCCACCAACGCGUCCUGCACUUACUGACCUUACCCCAAUCCUCCAGGAUGCGGCUGAAAGCCCAGUCCCUCCGUUUCAUCUUUCCUCUUGAGUAAAGACGGAAAUGCCUCCCCUGGCUUUAUUAAAACUACAGACACCUUCUGAACUUUCAGAAUGAACCCCCAAUCAUUCGUGGUCAUCACAUUUAUUUCAGUAACUAGCCUAUUUACUCUGAAACGCUCCUUGUGCUGCGACAGUCUAGACUCUAUUCUUUCCUUUCAGAGCAGUCCUUGUUGUGAUUUUUUUUUUUCUUUUCAGCUUCAGUUCUGUAAGUUUAACUCACUAACCGUUAGCUAGUUCAGGUAAGCGACUACAGUGACCUUGUAUUGUAAAUCCAGCACAUCUUUGCAAAUGACGUUAUCAACAGAGCUGGUAACCAGUUUUCGCUUCAGUGAGUCCAGUGGCUUCUAGUCGGUGUUGAUGUUGCCUCAUCGCCUGAUGUCAGCAACAGCUGCUGUAGUGCAAUCGGCUCGUUUCGAGUCGUCUCAAGCUAGUUUCUCCAAGUGUGUGAACCUGUUUGAUUUUCCGGACUGGACUUGAAGGGGUCGCACUGCUUGUUUCCGGUUGAAUGGCCUGCUUUCUGUUACAGAGUAACUGUUUACUGAAUUUAUUUACAGACAGGAAAGGAGGGAGAGACGUAGAGGGGGGCGUUUCUGUGAGCAGGUGAAAUGUCAGAAUUUAACUUUUUCUCCAGUUUCUUUUUUUGAAAUCCAUUUCCGCCAUGAAUGGGGGAGAAAAAUAAAAGCCCGACAGGAAGUCAUGAUUGAGACUCAAUCAUGACUUUCCAAGUCGUGAUCUUGAAAUGCUAAAUUGUAAUUUUGACUUUUAAAGUGACGAAGCGAAACGUUCCAUCUCAUAAUUCCGAGUUUGAAUCUCACCGCGACUUUAAAAGUCGACAUCGACGGAAAAACAUUUACGUUCGAAGUCGAAAUUGACGUCGGAUCUUACAAUUAUGACUUUGAAUCUCAUAAAUAUGACUUCCUGUUGGGCUUUUCUUUUUUUCUCUCACGGCAGAAACGAACUUCCGCCAGACGAACCACCUCCUGUUACGUUAACCUCGUUGUUAAAGAGAAAACAUAAAAAAAUGUGAAACUUUGCGCGUUGAUAUGAUAUGGAAGUGCGUAGAAGACGGCGCGCCGUUUUGAUCCGCCGUGUGAAUCUAUGACGUAAACCGAACACUGACACUUCUUAACGACGAACCAUGGUUUGAGUUGGAGCUUUUAUUCAUUGCUAUGUAAUGUUUAUUAUUUGUAUCUAUGUAUGAAAAGGAGAAAAAAAAAAAAAUCACAAUGCACGUGUGAAAAAGCCUUUUCGUGUAGUUUGUGAGAACCGAGACGUGGAAGCACAGUACGCAGUGAAACCUUUGUUACAAGUGGACUUGAUGACAGCUUUUGUAAAUUAUAAAUAAUGUGAUGCUGUAAAAAAAACAAAAAACAUUAAACUGUUUGACAUCA